AUGACGGAGGCGUCCGCGACGAUCCCAGUGGCCCCCUCCGGCACCGAUGAGUCCGAGAGGGAGACAUAUAGAAAGGCGGGGCGCGCGUAUUUCGAGCAAGUCAUGGCAACAGCACGCAACACCGCCCCAAGCAGUGGGCCGCCCGCCAACGGAGGCGCGAGCACACAGGGCGCCGACGAACCCGCCGCGCACCUCCACACCCGCAGCACCGUCCGGCGGCCCGUCGCCGGCAUGCCCACCGCCAAGGACCUCGAAGCCAUGCGCAGCGCCGUCGAGCAGCACCGCGUCGCCCUCGUGACCGGGAGCGUGCUGUUCUGUAGCUGCACGACGUGGAUCCUCCUGCGAGACGCGCUCGACUACCUCCCGGCGCCCGGGACGCUCUGUGUGCUCCAGAUGGCCGCCACGGCCGCGGGGGCCGCGUUCUGGGGCCGCAGGGGGGUGUUUCCGUUCGCGUCCGGGCUGCCGAGCCUGCACGCAACGCAGGCGUGCGUUCCAGCCAUGGCGUGGACCUCCCUUCGGCUCCUCGCCAUGUGCGGCCUGGUGUGGCACUGCGGCGUCGCGUUCGCCCUCGCGUCGUCGGCCGCGGCGCAGUUUCUACCCUUCGUCGUCCUGCAACACGUCCUCGCGACACCCCCCCUGACGCCACAGAACCAGACCGUCGGCGUCGGCGCCGUCGCGGUCGGCAUGGCCGUCGCGUGCCUCGGAAUAUCCCUCCCCGGCCCAAAAGGACUCUUCUUCCUAAGUCUUCUGUUGGCAGCGGAUCUUGCAGAGGCUGGGUGGGUGCGGGCGAGCUCGAUGGGGCACACGCGGCUGGCGCACGCGCUCGGGGAGCACCGCGCGGCGGUGCUGCGGCCCUUGCUGGACGCGCAGGCGGAGGUAGACCCGGGCCAGGUGUACCUGUUGGCGCAUUCGUUGCCAAUUGUGCCGGUCCUGGCGCUGGGACUGACGUUUGGAGAGGCGCGGACGCACUCGCGGGCGCAGCACCAUAUUCCAGGGCUGACGUCGAUCGUGGUGUCCAUGGUGUGCUACGCGGUCAUGUCGACCGCGCUCUUCUUCCUGCGGCAUACAGGCCAGCGCACACGCAGCACGGAGCUGGCGCUGGGCGUCGCGACGGCGACGGCGGUGGUGCUGGACCAGGCGGGCGGGAGCUCGUACGGUUUGCUGGCGGCAAGCGGCGCGCUGGUCACCGUGCUGGGCACCACCGCCGCGAUUCACGCCAAGUGA